AAGUUAUAAACUUCAAAGAAAAUAACAAGCGCGGAUAAACACGCUGCUUAUUGUAAGAAUUCAGGUUAUUUUAGAUUUAUGACAAGAUUCUUCGCACUGAGACAGUUGCUCGAAGAAUUCCAACAAUGGACAUCAGCACGAAGUCGCUGAACAUCUCCAACUUGUCGCAUCUCGGCGGCAAAACGCCGCGCAGUGCUGCGCGGAGGUCCGUGCUUGGCCUCCCCUCGGCCAACCGGUCAACCCGAGGCAGCGUGUCCGGCAGGUCCACGCAGUCGGCGAUGGUCAUCUGCAGGACGCCGUACCAUGUCGUUGAGAGCUUUGGUUCGUCCCUGCCGGUCAUGGUUACAGAAGCCAUCGCCUACGCCGACAGAUCUACCGUGGUCAGCGUGGAGUUGAGCAAGUCAGGCUGGGCCUGGUUGGUGAGCGGUCGAAGACUUCUCGUCUGGCAGUACAGACAGGACGGCCAAUCCAAAUGGACCUCCGUAAGUCAGUGCAGAGAACUGACCCUGCCGCCCAGUGACCUUGCCCACAGGGCCCAGUUGGUCACAGUUUUCUCGCACAAAAAAGCCUCCGUCCCUUCCUGCAUCGCCGUCUCUCCCGAGGGCGCUGUCCGUUACUGGGCGAGUGUCGCCCAUGAAGGCUCUUGGAUUGAAGAAAACGCAGAUCUGCUGGGUCAGGAGUGUGACUCUCUGAGCGGAAUUACUCCAGUUGGCUGCGUGUUGGCCACCACAACCUCGACUUUAUGCCUCUUGUCCCCUGUCGUCGUAAAUGGGCGUCAUCAGAUUGUCUGCAAAACUCUCCGUUCCUCUCAAGGAUGGCUUGGAGGCAUCAGUCGACGCAUGUCUUCAAUUAUUUGGGGUUCCAUGCCAGCAGCCCAGACUUCCGAGACGCGUCUUGUGAAAGUCAUGACUCAAAGUGGAACUUCCGCCGGAGACACAGAAUGCAAGCUUUUGGUGCUGGCCGGUCUCACUCUGCAGAAGUGGGUUCUCAGCAACAAGGACAUAGAAAAGCUCGUUUUUGAAUUUGACAUGAGCCGCCUUUUGAAGAGCAGCUUUUCUAAUGACUUUUGGGAACAGAGUAACACGAGUGCACAGGAUUUAAGCAUUUGGCUACUCGACAUGGAAAAAAUGGAAAACGGAGUGCUAAUUUUGGCAGCUGCGGCUAAUUUGAAUGUUUCCCCUCAAAUUCACUAUGCAGCUGUACUGGUUGCGUCUGAAAAUGACAAGGCGCCAGAGUCUUUCCAAAUGUUCUGCCCAUUCCUGAAGUUCAAUGGGUUUCACCAAGGAGAAGAUUCUGAAUGUGAAGAUCUUAACUACAGAUUUGUCGUAUUUGGCAGUUCGGCCUUCAUUUACAACAAGAAAGUCAUCAUGGCUGUCCCUGUCACAAUUAAUGAUCCUGGUGCUGAUGUGGAUAGACUAGAUUUCCCAAGUGCUCCUGGUGAUGCAAUUUUAACCGGAAACGUGUACAGAACCACUCCAGUUUUCUUCUCAAGAAUUCACGGGGUCAUUUCAGUAACAGAAACUGAUGUGUCACCACUUGAUGUGAUGAAUUCAUCCAUUUAUAGUGAAUCUAUAGCUUCUGAGAGGGCACCAUUCACAUCUCACACUUCUUUGGCGCAAUCCUCAUUUCAACCUUUUGAGUCAUUCAGGGAAUGCAACUUUUCUGAUGGCUCUAAUAAUAGUGGCCCAUCCGCAGAAGAGUUAACACCCCAGGCAGUAUGCAUAAGCAAGUUGAAAAAAGCUUUUGUAUUGUACAACAGACGAGAGUUGGCUGCCUGCAAAGAUAUUCUGGACACAAUUGUACCAAACACAGUGGCAGAGAGGGGAGUGGAGGUCAAUGCACCCCUUGACCUUGUGAUUGUUCAUGUGAGCAAAGACAUCAUCAAUGACAUGCCAGCUUCUGAUCCUAGGUGGUCCGAAACACAUAGUUCUGCAGCAACAUUUGGAACAUCCAGCUCUCUUCAAGUGCAACAGCAACUACAAGGAAAACAACAGACUUUGGAGCUCUAUGUUAAUUUCCUCAAGGCUGUUGAUAUAUGGAACAAGCUGUCGGCCAUAACCGCUAGAGGUGUCGUGAUCGCCACUUCCUUGGCACUGCAAGAACAUGCAGAGAAAGUUGCAGCAGCCCUGACUUUGCGAUCUCUACACGCCUCCCAUGCAGACUUGCUUGACAAAGCCAUUAAAGCAACUCUGAAGCCCAAAAAUUCUCGAGCAGUCCCUGCUGCCUUGACCCACAUUGAUUUAUUCUUCCGAGAAGUGUCUGAGGUGCACCAAGUCCUGAUUACCCUAGGCAUGUGGAGCCAAGAAAUUGUUCACAGCAACAAGUCACCAGCAGAAGUUGUUGCUUCUCUGCAGGAAGUGAAUCACAUUGUCCUUGAAACCCUACAGGAAAUUGCCGACUUCCGGAAACACCACCGAAGCAUGUUUGGUUCUGAAUCUGUUUUUGCCUCGGACCUUAUUGAAUAUUUGCCCUGGACAGCAUCGUCCCAUGAUGAGGGUCUUAGAAAUGUUCUGAGUGACCUGCUUUCACGCAACUUCCAAUAUGCGGCCAGACAGUGUUCUGGUGACCAGAUGACAUACUCUACACUCUGUGUCGAACUCAUGAACUUGGCUGACCUUCUGCUUGAGGGCUACAGCUCCCAUUUAGAAAGCCUGAAAGGCAGUGAGAAAUUUGACUUGCUCGUCCACCAGUAUGAACUCCAAAGGCGCAAAAUCAUUCAGCCAUUUGUGGACGAAUCUAUGAUUGAGCAAGCCAUGAAGUUGGCCGAGAAAUACCAUGAUUUCAACACUCUGGUUCAAAUUUGCGAGUCAGCGCACAAUCAAGAGAGACUCGAGAGCUACAUCCAGAAAUUUGCUGAUGAAGGCUUUUCCGAGUAUCUAUUUGGCUGGUAUAUGAAGGAGGACAAACAGGAUAAACUGAUGAAUUUGUUCGGAGGAAAUGUGCGACCAAUGCAGCACCAGCAAGCACUGGUCAGUUUUCUUUCGCAACACCCUCAGUUGGCUUGGCUGCAGGCCAUCAGAACUGGAAACUACUCUUCAGCGAGCGGGACUCUUUACCAGUUGGCAGAGGAGCAAACUGAGAAAUUGGCCAGAAAAAAGACCAUGCUUUCGCUCGCUAAACUGACCGCUUUAGCUUCGGACGAACCAGAGCACAAGAUGAUUGAGCAUGUCAGAGAUGUUGACAUGCUGCUUGAUCUCUGCAGCUACCAAGAGAGUUUACCACAGAGUUUGGUUGACUUUUUGAAUCAAGAUUUGGACAACAUGGCUGUCUUGACUCCUAUCAAUUUGAUCAAGCUGUACAUAAGUGAGGAAAAUAAAGAGGCCAAUGCGUUUGACUACAAGAAAGCACUAGACCUGCUUGCAUUUGUGCCAAACGACUCCGACAAAGAGGACUUGUGCGAAAGUAUCUGGUGCCAAGCAAUCCUGAGAAACGAUUGGGAAAGUGUCAACCUUGAUUAUCCAAUGGAAACCUGCAAGAACCUUAUUUUUUGCCAACUCUUUGACCUGCUCAAUAUUUCAGGGCAAAUGGACCUGGUUCUACCUGCAGAGCAACUGCUAUCCAGCAGUAAACUGGGGUCCCUUGUUGAGAGCAAGCCCUUCAAAUACAUCAUUAAGUAUUUCUACGAGCAUGUUGCAACAUCAACUGAAUGUUAACUCAGUAGCUUAAGAAUCGUAUGUAAUAAAUCUUCAUCAUCAACCACUUAAAUAAAAAAGUUUAUUUUAAAUUUUAA